AUGCAGCUGGCAUUGAUCGGAGGGGCAGGGGAAAUAGGCAGAUCUUUGUCGCAAAUGCUGAAACAAAGUUCUAAGCUGGAUGUCCUUGCACUGUAUGACGUGGCCGCGUUGAAUAAGAGAUUUUCAACUCCGAUUGAGAUUAAUAAAUUUUGUGACGCUAAAAUCACAAAUACCGGGAAUUCGCGGAUGUUAACGAUGCUGGAGAAAUCGAGGACAAACAAAGGUGACUAUCGUCUGUCGAACGUGAACGAGAAUCUGACCGAGGAUUUCGUUAACAUUCACCGAUUGCCGACCGCCGAAGAAUGCGCCACCAAUCAAUAUGCGAAAACUGCAGAGCAACCGCAGGUAAGAGUGUUUUGUUAA